AUGCCUCCUAAAUAUUUACCUUUUGGAGAAAAAGCUGACGAAGGAAUUCAAUUUGUGCCGGGAGUUGACAGAAAGGGGUUUCCCAUCAUGGAAAUUAAAUCUGGUUCUUAUGGCGAUAAAGUCGGCAAAUCAAUUCCGAAAAUAAUUAAGCAAUUAGUGGAUGACGGUCAUAACCUGAUUAUUGAUGAAGUGAUUUGGGAAAGAACAGGUUUAGAAAACUAUGCUUUGUUUUUGAAAGGGCUUGCUCGUGCUCAAUAUGCUAAAAUAGAAGAUUUAGAUUGGGAAUAUAAACUUCAAGUUGACACCGAUAAAAACACACCUUUUGCUAGUGCCAGAAUAAUUUUAAAAUCUAUGGGAUUAGAAUCUGCGGAACAAAUACCCUUUGCGGAAGUUUUGUUAGUGGGAAACAUUGACGAGAAAGAAAAUGAAGUCAUUUCCAAGCAAAAAGCCUUAAAGAAAGCUCAAGAACAAGGACUAGACCUAGUUUGCUUUCGUCAACCAAAUGGAAAAAAUCCAGCAGUUUGCAAAAUAGUUGAUUACCAAAGACACCUUUUUGAAGCAAGCAAAAAAGCCAAAACUCAAAAAAAAAUUAGCCAAAAGCCUCUUCUCAAAAAAAUUGGGCUAACUUUCCACAUUGGCGAAGGAGAUUUAGGGACUAAAAUUAAACAAAUUAAAAAAUGA